GGAGGGAAGUUAAACCGGAAGGGUGUCCUUUGGGGAGUGUCCAGAUAAGGAAGCAGAAGCAGCAGCUCCAGAGAAACACCGAGCCGUAACACUAACCCUGCCCCACCUACAGACACCCUCACCCGGCUACCACAGAGCCUUCACCCCGCUGCUACAGCCACGACCAGCCGGGAACAGAACCGGAACCAGCCAGGAACAGAACCGGAACCGGAACCAGCCUCUCUACUACAGCCAACGGCUAGCAGCUAGUUAGCCCGUUUGCUAACGCGGAAGUGACUCUUGACAGGUGAAGCCGGGCACGAGCCGCAGGUGUGAUUUCCUCAGAAGACUCAGGACAGCAGCAGCAGAAGAAGAAGAAGAUGAGUAGCGGCGUGAACAGCAUCGAUGCGGUGAAGAAGAAGAUCAAGGUUCUGCAGGGCCAGGCGGAGGAGGCCGAGGAACGGGCGGAGAACCUCCAGAGACAGGUGGAGGAUGAGAAGAGGAUCAGAGAACAGGCAGAGUCUGAGGUGUCGGCUCUGAGUCGGCGUCUGCAGCUGAGUGAAGACAACCUGGACCGAGCUCAGGAGAGACUCGCCACCGCUCUGCACAAGCUGGAGGAGGUGGAGAAGUCAGCUGAUGAGAGCGAGAGAGGGAUGAAGGUGAUAGAGAACAGAGCUCUGAAGGAUGAGGAGAAGAUGGAGCUGCUGGAGCUUCAGCUGAGAGAAGCUAAACAGAUCGCUGAGGAGGCCGACCGCAAAUAUGAAGAGGUGGCUCGUAAGCUGGUGAUGGUUGAAGGAGAGCUGGAACGAGCUGAAGAGAGAGCCGAGCAGUCCGAGAGUAAGUGUCGAGUGCUGGAGGAGGAGCUGAAAACUGUCUUCACUGGUUCAAAGUCUCUGGAGGCUCAGGCUGAGAAGUACUCUCUGAAGGAGGACAGGUACGAGGAGGAGAUCAAGAACCUGAGCAACAAACUGAAGGAGGCUGAGACCAGAGCUGAGUUUGCGGAGCGUUCUGUGGCCAAACUGGAGAAAACUAUCGAUGGACUGGAAGACGCUCUGACUUCAGCCAGGAACGCCAACAUGGAGCUUCAGGCCACUUUGAAUCAGACCAUGGAGGAGCUCAACUCCUGCUGAACCUCCUCCCCCACCCCCCCACCCCCCCAACACCUCCUCUCUGCUGCCUGAGUUGAUGUCGGGAACUGUGGCCAAAUUUUUUUUUCCGUUUUCCUCUUUGCUCAACCUGCUCCUCCUUAUACUUUUACUCCUCCUCCUCCUCCACCUCCUCCUGGUGGGAGUGAGGGAGGUGCAGACUCCUCCUCUCUCCUCUCUGCUGCCUGAGUUGGGAAAUAAUGUGUGGCCAAAACAUUCCUCUUGCACCUCCUAUACUCUUCCUCCCCCUCCUCCUCUCCUCUCCUCCUCCUGGUGGAUGUGAGGGAGGUGUUGGGGAGGUGCACAUUCCUCCUCCUCUCUGCUCCCUCUGAGUUGAUGUUGGGAGCUAUGUGGCCAAAACAUUCCUCUUGCACUUCCUGCUCCUCUUCUUCCUCCUUGCCCUCCUCCUCCUCCUGCUGCAGGUGGAUGUGAGGGGAGGUGUCAGAGAGGAGGUGGGAGGAGGUGCAGACUGCUCUCUGAAUGAUUCCUGCUUUCACACAUUCCUUCUCUAAACCUUUAAGUCACAUUUGAAGUGUUGCUUUAAUUUACUCCUCAUGUCUGGCCCUCCUCCUCUUCCUCCUCCUCCUCCUCCUCCUCCCUGAUGUUGCCAACCCCCCCCCCCCCCACUACAGCCAGAGGAAGGCCAGACGAGGAUGCUGGGAGUUAGUUAUUUUCUAUAAGGGAUUCUAACAGCAGUGACUUACAGCCAUUCCCUCGUUAACUAAUUAAUGAGCUAAUUGAAGAACUAAUUAAUGAACUAAUGAAUAUUAAUGAACGACUAACGAAGCUCUGAGUGUUUGUUUUAACGGUUUGUCGUUACUUUGACUUGUUUUCUUUGCUUCAGUAAUUAAUAAUAAUAAUUGAUUGAUUGAUUUAGCCGGUGUCCUGUUAGCCAAUGAUAGAGUAUCUGUGUUCCUAGGGGGGCGGGACAAGGGGCAGGGGGCGUGGUUUAUGGGAUCAGCCAAUCACAGUGAGUCAUUUCACUGCCAGGGGCCAAUAAGAGAUCACACAGAGAGACACGCCCCCCCCACCCCUCCUCUACCCUCGCCUAUUUUUUUUCCCCAGGCGACCUUUGACCUGAUGACAUAAAUAAAAAGUUUAAAAUGUUUUUAUCUGGAGGCCGGCGAUGACGUCAUCGCUGCGCUGAUGUCAUCGCUCAUUGUAAUAAAUCAUGUGACCGCAAGAUUUUAUAAAAUAAAAGCACCGUCACUGGUAUGUAG